ACCACGGCCCCCUUCUCUUAGAUGUACGUGUAUUCGCAUAUGCUGUGAUUCAGCUUAGUUCGGCAGCUGCGCUUUGGAGUGAAAUUCGUGAAUUUUAAUGUUGCUGGUGAAGUACCAAAACGAAGGUCAACCGCUAAACUCAUUGUAGCGUGAAACAGCUGGCAAAUACGCAAAGAUUUUUCCAAUUUGUGCAACAAGUUGUACAUUUGACACACUCGUCACACGUCACAAUAAGUGCAGUCAAAAAAUAUUAUAGAAAAACAGUCACAAAAAACACCAGUAAACACCAACCAAAUUAAAAGCAAGGAAAAAAAUAAUCAAGCAAAAAUGGUACUGGAUUUGGAGAAACGUACUUAUCUAUUCGUGACGGGCGCUUCACGUGGCAUUGGACAGCGUAUGGCCAUCGAAGUAUCAUCCAAAUUGAAGGCGGGUUCCAUGGUUGUGCUCUUGGCACGCAACGACCAAGGUCUGUUAAACACUAAAGCCAGCAUCGAGGCAUUGGGCAGAGAUUUGAGAGUGCGUACUUUCUCGACAGAUCUGGCCCUCGCCACAGCGCCACAAUUCCGAGAAAUGCUAGAGAAAUCAUUGAAAUCACUAAAAAUGAGCGACUUUGAACGUGCGAUCAUCAUUCACAAUGCCGGUACUUUGGGUGAUGUGUCGAAAAGUGCCGUGGACGUGCCGGACAAUACUAUUUGGCAACAAUAUUAUCAUGUGAAUGUUUUCUCAGUGAUUUCACUGAAUUGUGAAUUUUUUCGUGUUUUCAGCGGUACACCCAAAGUGGUGGUGAACAUUACAUCGAAAUGUGCCAUUGAACCGUUUGCUUCAAUGAGUUUCUAUUGUUCCGGCAAAGCGGCUAGGGAGAUGUACUUUCGGGUGCUCGCCGCAGAACAAGCAUUGGACAAUGUGAUAGUGUUGAAUUAUUCACCCGGACCAAUUGACACGGAUAUGACGGAGCAGAUUCAGCGCACUUCCGCCAAUAAAGAAUUGGUUGCCCAAUUUAAAAUGCAACGAGACACCAAAUCAAUGCUAACUACAGAACAAACGACACGAAAAUUCAUACAGGUGCUACAAGAACAAAAAUUCAAAACUGGUGAUCAUGUUGACUACUAUGAUGAGUGAGGAUGCCAUGCUGUUCAAGUUUAAAAAAUCAAUAGUUUUUUUUUAAUAGUCUAAUACAGGAAGGUGCAACUUAGGCCAGUCUUAAAUUUUAGUAUGGAAAAACAGAGCACAAAUCUGCUUGUAGAUCCAAAUAUUUAUGCACAAUAUAUACAAUAAUGCUGGUGUUCAGUAAAUAUAAA